AUGAAUGAAGCUGGAGAGGGCACCUCCACAGAGAUGGCCGCUUCAAUCUCUCCCCAAGCCGCACAGAAACAACUCAUAUCACUGGGAAGCGGAGAUCCUCCAGGGGCCCUAGUCACCGGCACCCUCAGCGGGGACCCGAUCACUAAGGCCGCUGUGGCAGGGGGCACCGAGGGAAAGGCUCCCAAGAAAGUCAUCGCCAAGAGGGUGCGAGGCUCAGUCAAGUGGUUUAAUGUGAAGAAUGGGUAUGGCUUCAUCAGCAGGCAUGAUACUCAGGAAGAUGUGUUUGUUCACCAAACUGCCAUCACCCGGAACAAUCCUCACAAGUAUCAACGCAGCGUGGGCGAUGGAGAGACGGUUGAGUUCGAUGUAGUGCAAGGUGAGCGGGGCACCAAGGCGGCUAACGUUACUGGACCCGCGGGCGCUCCAGUGGAGGGCAGCCGCUAUGCAGCUAACCGUCCCCGCUUCCGCCCAGGCUGCUACAUUAAUCACCGGGAGCCACCACCGGGAAGAUCCCAGGAUGCCAAGGACCAUCUGGAUGAAGGCGAGGACAGCUGCGCGGGCUUCACCGCAUGCUUCACAGUAGCCCAGGCCCGGUGGCGCUAUCUUCCCAGUCGACCUCAAGAUCGAUCAUUGUGGUGUUUCCCACCCUUCCGCAGGCCGCAGGUCCUGGCCCUCCGUCCAUCACUCCUCCCUCGUCCCCACGGCCCGUGGGCCUCUCACCUGGCCUGGUCAGUACCAGCCUCAAAGCCUGAGGUCACAUCAAGGAGGGGGCUGGGCCCCAGCUACUUGCUGAGUCGACCCAGGGGCAGAGGAAUGCCUCAGGGGCCAGGAACCUCACCGGUCAUCUCUGAGGACCUGGAGGCAGAAAAUAAGGAAAGCAGGCGCAAAACAGGUGGCCCUCAGCAGAGGCCACCACCACGCUAUGGAUCCCAGCGUCCCAACAACCCGAUCCGUCAUCCCCAGAAGGCACACGGCACUGAGGGCCAAGACCUUCAGGAGAAAGAGGGUAAGAACCCUGGGAUGGGUCCAGCUGAAACUCCUGUUUGUGCUAUUGUGGAUAAGAAGAGCAGCGUUGCUGAGAAGGAGGACCCUGACGUCCCAGAUGCCUCCUCUGCAGCCCAGGCCGAGUAG